CCCGCGUUCGCACCCCGCGAGAUGGGGCGGGCCUCGACGGAGCGGUCGCGUGCGGAGUGGGGCACGAACCCUCUCGAUGAGGCGGUCGCACGGUCGUGAUCGUAAAUCAGGACCAGUCGGCCACUCGGAGCGCAUCGCGACAAACAGGGUGAAAACUGUUGGAAAACAGGGGCUACCGCGAUCGUCGGCGGCGCGACGUCGCCACCCCCGCAGCGGUAAUUCACGCUCCGGAGUACCGCACGACGGCAACGGAGUGGCGAGUUCAGUGUGCGAGGAAGUGCAUCGAAUCCGCGAAUUGUUGCUCCGAUGUUGGUUUUCCGACUUGUCGUUCUAAUGGCCACGUAGUGGAGAAGUCGUAGUUGACGCGACCGUGCAGUUUCCUCCGAUCGGGGAGGCCGAUCAGUGGUGCCAGCCAGGAACGAUCGGGGUAGACUCGGCUGAUCGUCAUGUGCAGCAACGAGAGUCCGCCGCCGGCGAAGGAGCCGCUAGCCGUGAGUCUGGGUAAUCCGAUGGCCGGCUUCCUGCCGGGUCUCGAGCACUAUCGGCUGCAAUUGUAUCACUACGCGAUGGCGGAGCGGCUGCGACUGGCGCAGCAGCUGCACCCGCAGCACCCCGGCGUGGCACAUCCACCGUCGGGAACGCCGACAGCCCAUCUGAGCAUCGGCCCAGGCUUCCCGGCCCCACUGCCUCUGUAUCCGGCGGCUGCAGCCGCGGCCGGUUACCCCGGCCGACUGGCCCUGUCCAUGGCGCUGCUGCACCCGCACCAUCAGCGGAUACCCGAAGAGCCGAAACCGCAGCACAGCUACAUCGGCCUGAUCGCCAUGGCGAUCCUCUCGUCGCCGGACAAGAAGCUCGUGUUGUCCGACAUUUAUCAGCACAUCCUCGAGCACUACCCGUAUUUUCGGACUCGCGGGCCCGGUUGGCGCAAUUCCAUCCGGCAUAAUCUUUCGCUGAACGACUGCUUCGUCAAGUCCGGCAGGAGCGCCAAUGGCAAGGGUCACUAUUGGGCGAUCCAUCCGGCGAACCUGGAGGACUUUCGGCGCGGUGACUUCCGCCGACGUAAGGCCCAGCGCAAGGUACGCCGGCACAUGGGCCUGGCGGUGGACGAAGAGCCCGACAGCCCGAGUCCGCCACCCCUACCAGCCACGCCACCACCCCCGACGGCCCUCGGCGCUCCAGUGGCCUCGCAGCCGAUAGCUACGCUGUGGACACCGCAUCACCAUCAUCAGCAGCAACAACAGCAGCACCAGCACCAGCCUCAGCAACAGCACUCCUUCCAAAGUCAGUCCAUUCGGCAAUCGUCCUUCCAGCCAUCAAGAAAGCGGCAGUUCGACGUGGCGUCCCUCUUGGCGCCGGAUGAUCAGCAGCAUCAGAUCGAGGCGGAUGUGCUGAGGCCGGUGAAAGCGCGCAGAUUCAGCUGCAGCGAGGAUGAGCUGCACGAUCUCCCGGAGGCCGAUCAGGACGAUGAGGACGUCGACGUCGACGUGGUCGCCGACGCGAACGCCUUACCGUCGCCGGGCACGCCACCAUCGACCAGCCCGGAUGUGCCCAAGGUCGUGUCUCCAACGUGGAGCCAUCAGAGUGUACAGAGCGGCGGUCAGCAGCAACAGCAGCAACAGCUAUCGGCCGUACACCUACACAAUCACUUGCACGUCAGGAACUAUUACAUCCCAGCCAACUCCGCCGGCGGAUCCAGCGUCUAAUGGCGAACUCUUAGGAAGAAGUCGGUCCGCACGGCAGGUAGCUGCUCGUGUCACGAUUCUCCCCUCGUUUCUUCUUCUCUCCACAUGUUUUCGAGAAUUCUCGAAUGUAUAGAGCGUCUGAUUGCUAUCACAUUUACAUUUAAUGACAUAUCUUUCGGCAAAUCUGAAGUCGAUUCUUGUUUGAUGGAAGCUUCGAUGCGCUUACUUUUCAAAUGAGGAACGAUUAAAAAUAAAAAUGUUUUUGACAAAACAGGUUUAGAAGAAAAGAAUAAGUAGUAAAUAAUUUUAUAUUCAAAUUAGUUUCAAGCGUAAGUUCUAUCACAACGGGAGAUUGCUAUAAGAUUGUUUGAUUCAAUAAAUAAAUAAGUAAUAACUUCUUGUGACUUCAGAUUAAUCGAAUAAUAUGUCAUUAUAAUAUAUUGCGAUGGAAGAGAAAGAUCGGAAAAUAAUAUAAACUUAAGCAACGAUGAUCAAAUUAUAAAAGAGAAAGAAAGAGAAAAUUUAAGAGUUUCUGAUCUAUGAUUGAAUCUAUGAUUGAAAUAAAUUGUCAGAUUCGUUCGUUGCAGUGCAAUAUAAAGAGCAAUUAUGCCAUUUAGACUAUAGACUUUUAUCAUUUUUAGCACAUAUAUUCAUGUUUUACUUAUUCGAAACAUGAAAGUUCUAAAAACGUCUGAAAGAUAUUCUUUAGGUAUUUCUUUUCAAUCAUCUUUUCAAUAUUUGCAUUGUGCGCAAUAGACAAAAAAACACGCGUGAAAAGUGCGCAUGACGCAUUUUAUUAGGUGCGAUUUCCGUGGCAAGUAAAAGCGGAAAAUUGUGAGUAACGUAUUAAUAAAUUGGACCAUGCAAGAAACAGAUUACUAAUUAUGCUUUUUUAAUAACGUCAGAUAUUGUAUUUUCGCAUAUUACUUAUAAUAUAUCUUACUUUUGCUAACAAUGAAAUUUUGCGCCACAAAACUUUGAUCGUGCAUUGCUUUACCAAUAAGAAAAAAUGAGGAGAGAAUUUUAAACAGUAACUUUCCACAAUGAUUGAGAAAUUGACGUUUAUUUAUUUUACAAUAUAAUCCACUCCUAACAUUUGCAUCAAUGAAUGGAUUUUUAUGCAGAUAACAGCCAAUUUCCUGUCGAUGGGGAACCGAUCUUCGUUACGUGUGAAGAAUAAUUCGAGUUUGAUAAUUCGAAUUCGGCAAUUCGAAUCUCCGUUUACGCGCGGAGAACUUAUACGUGUAUUAUAUAGAUAGAUGUCUAAGAAAGGAUUAUAUAUAGACUGGAGUUUGGCGGUAGAAUCUCAGCAUAUGGAAUUUCUCGGAUCAUUGAUUGACCGGUUUAUGACGAUUGAUUAUCCGUUUAUCUUAAAAGUGGAAAAAUGCAAGUUUAAACAAACAAAUUGCAUUUUAAUAUCUAAAAUUAGUUAUUUAUCUAAUACACUUAUUUUUAUUUAUAAUGUUUAUAUGUUUGUAUAUAUUUUGUAUAUUAUAAUAGCACUCUGGCGUAAUGGUACGGUAAUGGAUCACGGAAUUAUUAAACAUAGUGUAUCUACUUAUUGUGCAUGUAUCGUCCCUGUACAGAAGCAAAACGGUAUACUAUGGAUUUGUGUUGAUUCCUGUCUGCUAAAUACUCUUGUUCCUAAACUACAAAAUAUUCUAAAACAAUAUUUCUAAAGAAAUAUCGUUUCCUUUUCAUCAAAGAUUGUCAUAUGUGAUUUACAAUCAAACGAGUAUUUGCUCUCCUCGAUUUUAAUGGAGUUAUGGUUACCAGAUUAGGAUUGAUCCGUUCAUACACAAUAUUGGAUUGUAACAAAAGUCUGUAGCAUUGUUUAAUUUUUCUUUUAAGAAAAAAAGAUCACAAGUUUUGGAAAGAUGGAAUCAUAAAGCUACCACAAAGGUGGCAAAUGUUAAUAGAACAAGACGGUGGAAAUGUAGUUGAAUAAAUAUUUAUGCAUAUAUAUAAUAAUUUUGGAAUUUCACUAAAAUAACUAUGAACUUUUGUUAUAACCCAAUAUUUCUCUUUCGCAAUGCCUGACAGGCAAUUCGAAUUUACACGGUUACUAUUUAAUUACUAUUCGAAAACUUCUGCUCAAUGUCAAAAAAGAAUAAUUCAGAUCCACUCAUUAGAGAAGAUAAAGUCGUUGUAUAUAUAGAUAGAUAUCUUGAUUUCGUCUGAGUCUAUCGAAUCUAAUUUAUAAUACAAUUCGUUUGUAAAAGUUUUUAAAAUAGAUACGAAAGUUUCUUAAGGCCGAUAUUUUUCCAGAUUGAACUUGCUCCAUCUUCGACAUAAAUGGAAAACGUUAACGCUGAGAUUCUGCCGGCAAAUUUAGAAUUCUUUUGUAAAUACGAGGACGCAGCCCGGUUGCCGGAAACGGCGGCGCAUAGGAUGCUGAUAUACGCGGGGCAUUACGUCAGACUGAUUGCGAUCUCCGCUUGUUCAAAGUGUAAUAUAAACGUCGUUUAAGGUUUAACAUAGCGCAUCUCUUCCCACUGUAUAAUCUACGUUGGUAGAGACGGUAAUACGAAGAUACAUUCUGUACAAACCCGAGUACUCCAUCCCCGGUCCAUCUCCCCGUUGUAUGUAUGUAUGUAUAUGUAUCGAUGUAUACGUACCUGCGUAUAUAAAUUCAGACACGUCCGGAAGCGAUCGGAAACGACGAUCGCGUUAGCGAUGUCACACCGAUGAGGAAUGUGCAAGACCAUUUUUUAACAGUUACCUCGUAAGCAUACGCCGGUGGCCUGUUACUGUCUCGAUGCAACUGAACUUUAAUAAAGUUUCUGUUCCCACGAA